AUGCAUUCUCUAUCUCUUCUUCCAGUCGCGCUAUUCUUGGCCCUAGUGCAAGUGAUCUCAGCCACUACCGCCACUUCGGCACCCACGACUCGAGCCCGAUCAACUUACGUCACCACCUCAUUCUACUCGCUCGCGACGACAGAAAUUCCUCAUAAUGAAUUGAGUAUCGGAAUGGGUCAGAAUGGGACCAGAGGCAACUACUACUGGCUGGCUUGCAUCAACGACCCUUUCACCACACGAGGUGAAUAUGGUGGCUGUGGCACUGAUGACUUGUAUACUCGUUGUUCAGGAAAGACCGCGUUUGGAAUUGACGGCAAGGGAAUCCUUUGCCACUACUUCGAAUCUCAAUACAGCGACUACUGCUGUCCAAACGGGUGA